UUAAGUUUCCCCAGCUCCAAACUCCAGCUCCAAACUCCACGAUCGAUCUUCAUUUAAAGCUAAGAAUUUACCUAUACAAUUAAAUACUUACUCACCUUACCUGUGAACUACCUCCUAUUUUACUUACAAUUCUAAUUGGUUUAAAAAUUAACAUAACUACCUCCUCGUGCUAUAUCGAACCAGCUCAGAGCUAUAUAACUACAGGAUCUGAAUUAUAAUUCCCUACCUAGUUAAUUUUUUUCUAUCCAUUUUCUUGCAUUUUCCACCUGUAUAGAUGACGUGUUCUUGACCUUGGUUUCCCAUUGGCAGCCGAGGAAACAACGCAACGCAGGAACCAACGCAUUAGGCGGUGAUCCUUCAUCUUGUCUCAGCGCCGCGUCGACGCUACUCCCCCCAAGAGAACAAUACCGGGUUUGUUACACAUACCUACGGUAUUCCACUUGCCACGCCUCUAACGUGCCACAUCUAUCAAGCGCGUAUCAGUAUCAGUCCAUGUAUGGAUUAGGGGUAUAUAGAUAGAACGAGAAAGGAGCUACUAUAGUAGAGUAGUAGAGGGCCCAACGUUGUUGACAAUACAGAUGAGCGGUUCAAAAUGGCAGACUCAGUUGGUAUGUUCCCCAAGAGCCAUGGUCCACUAUCACCGAGCCAGCCAACCGAUUCAACAACUCGUCCUGUUCCUCUCCCUGCGUUGCCUUCAACUUCCCAAUCCAUCAUCCCUUCGCUAAUCGAGUCCCCACCCGAACUAGACCGCGUGUUCGUUCACGCCCUGAACACGGUCAAGAAGAUCCCGAAGACAGGGGCAUCGCGUCCCCCACCGAGCGACCGGCUACGGCUAUAUGGUCUGUACAAGCAGGCCAUGGAAGGUGACGUAGAUGGUGUGAUGGAGCGGCCUGAACAGCGGCCAGGCGUCGAUGCAGAUGAACUACAACGCGAACGGGACAAAUGGGACGCGUGGAGCGCACAAAAUGGGCUCAGCAGGACGGAGGCUAAACGCCGAUACAUCGAGGCAUUAAUCGAGACUAUGCAUCACUAUGCCAACACACCAGACGGGAAGGGACUUGUCGCAGAACUCGAGUUCGUCUGGGAUCAAAUCAAGAAUAAUAGUCCCUCGUCAUCACACGCAUCACCAAAUGACGGCACGUCUGCUGAACCCCGACGUUUUCAGGAACCAUUAAGUGGAACGGAGGGACCUAUGAAGGUGCUAAGCCCAAUGAGCGAAGACGAUGCUGCGGAGCACGAGUAUCGCCAAAGAGAAAGCGACGAGGACGACGGAGAAUACGUGAAGAAAGGCGAUAGGUGGUCGCGAAAAGUAGAACGUGCCGUGGUGAGGUUAUCUGCCGAGGUCGCCGCCCUACGGGAACAAAUCACGGUCGGGCGCGAGUGGAGAUCCAAGAAGGAGAGGAGCUUCAAAGCAUGGAUUAGUUGGGCAAUAUGGAUCAUCUCGAAGCAUCUUGCAAUAGAUAUGGUGGUUCUAGGUAUCGUCUUACUCUGGAUGCGAAGGCGCAAAGACAGGCGACUUGAGGAUCACGUCAGAGCGGUAUUGAAGCUGGGCCGCGAAUACGCAAGGAAGAUAUUGCCGUCAAGGUGAAGAUCGGCGACGGUGUGUCAUGCAUUAUGAAUUUUGGUCGUGCUACCUACUCGUAUUGCUAUCGCAUCACAUAUUGUAUCCCUCGCGGGCCGCAUACGGCUAAAUCGAACGAUAAACCCGAACCGAAGUCGAUUCUACUGCAUGCAGAUAAAGCCGAGAGCUUACGAAGAAAGGAGAAUAUCAUAAAUUAUUCUUAUCGUGUACAUCACGAGCCGGGGCACAUCGUCAUCCAGGCCUAUGAAUCGGAGCAACGAAAUAUCCCAUUAACUCUUUCUCCGCCUAGAGACGCCAACUCAGUGCCCUUCUAUUUCGACUUGGGUUCUGGCUUGGGAGAUGAAGCUAAGGGCUGAGCUAUAAACGGCACCCAAGCGCAUCUGUCUUCCGUGGAGAGCUCAUAUUCGGGCUUGUGGUUGUUCAACCAUGUAGGAUCAGCCAGACAGCCGAC